AAAAGCAUUAUUUGAAAACCAGCCGGAACAUCCAGGCUUCCCCCGCCGCGGGCGUGGCCGCUGGCUCCCACCCCGGCGUCCCGCCCCGCGCCCCGCCCGGCCCCGGCGCGGGGGUCGUGCGGUUCGCCCGGCUCCGCUCCGCUCCGCGCCGGCCCGGGCAGCUAUAACCAUGGAGAGCCUGCAUAAUGCCAACAGCAGAUUUGCACUUGAUCUGCUCAGAAGGUUUAAUGAGACCAGCCCAACAGGGAAUGUUUUCUUCUCUCCUGUCAGUGUUUCUUCUGCUCUAGCCAUGGUCCUUUUAGGGGCCAGAGGUAAUACAGAGGCCCAGAUGCUGAAGACGCUUCAUUUUGACAAAGUUGAAGAUAUUCAUUCAAGAUUUCAGACUCUGACUAUGGAUAUAAACAGAAGCAAUGCUCCGUAUCUCUUACGGCUUGCCAAUCGGCUUUUUGGAGAUAAGUCCUACAGCUUUUUGCCGGAUUUCCUGACUAAUACUCAGAAAUUAUAUGGAGCUGAUUUGGCUACAGUUGAUUUUCUUCAGGCUUGUGAUGAAGCCAGGAAAGAAAUUAACCAGUGGGUAGAGGAGAAAACUGAAGGUAAAAUCCCUCAUCUGCUGUCUGAAAGCUCAUUUGAUAACAUGACCAGGCUCGUACUGGUGAAUGCUGUUUACUUCAAAGGGAACUGGGCAGAGAAAUUUGAAGCAGCCAACACCACUGACAUGCCAUUUCGGUUGAAUAAGAAUGAAAGACAGACAGUGAAAAUGAUGUAUCAGAAAAACAAAUUUAGUUUUGGGUAUAUCUCUGAAGUGAAGAUCCGUGUUUUAGAGCUGCCUUAUGAUGGAAGAGAACUUAGUAUGAUCAUCCUGUUACCUGAUGACAUUGAAGAUGACUCCACGGGACUGCAGAAGCUGGAAGAGCAGCUUACCUUAGAGAAGCUCCAGGAAUGGACAGGUCCAGAGCAUCUGUAUUUCACUGAUGUUCAUGUGCAUUUGCCAAAGUUUACACUAGAGGAAAGCUACGACCUUAAAUCAGAUUUAGCCGCUAUGGGCUUGUUGGAUUUAUUUGAUAGUGGCAAGGCUGACUUGUCAGGAAUGUCAGGGGCACGUGACCUCUUUCUCUCUAAAAUUGUCCACAAGGCUUUUGUAGAAGUGAAUGAGGAAGGCACGGAAGCUGCAGCUGCCACUGCUGGCAUUGGUAUGCUCUGCAUGGUUAUAGAAGAGGAUUUCAAUGCUGACCAUCCUUUUCUUUUUUUUAUUCGCCACAAUCCAACGCGAAGCAUACUUUUCUUUGGCAGAUAUGCUUCUCCAUAAAGGAGAACGUGACAUUUGCAGACCAGUUCUUGCUGUAGUCAAUGAUUUGCGGUUUUGUGCUGGAAACAGUGUCGAUAAUGCAGAGAUGUUUUAGUUGUUGCUAAGUAGUGCUUACACUAGGCAAGGACUUUUUCAGCUUCCCAUGCUCUGGUGGGUGCACAGGAAGCUGGGAGAGGACACAGCUGGGACAGCUGACCCAAACUGGCCAGAGGGAUAUCCCAUACCAUAUGAUGUCAUGCUCAGUAUAUAAAGCUGGGGGAAGAAGAAGGAAGGGGGGGGUGCAUUUGGAGCAAUGGUGUUUGUCUUCCCAAGGAACCGUUACGCGUGAUGGAGCCCUGCUUUCCUAGAGAUGGCUGAACACCUGCCUGCCCAUGGGAAGUAGUGAAUGAAUUCCUUUGCUUGUGUGCACAGCUUUUGCUUUACCUAUUAAACUGUCUUUAUCUCAA